AUGAUUUGUAAUAGGUUAUGCAAUGCUUGUGGCUUAAAACAAGCCAAAAAAUCAUAUGCAUCGAAAAAAGGGCAUGAUCAUGUUUUAAUUCACAAUAAAAAGGAAUAUAUUCGACAUGGACUUUAUUAUGAUAAAACAAGAACAAGAAAGAAUGUUUCUGUAAUAUCUCGAUUUUUAUUUCCAUUACCUAUACAUCAAGGAGAAUUUAUUAUUUCAAAACAAGUUGAUUUUAAAUUACCUGCGGAUAUUCUUCAGGAACGAAAAUUAGGAUUAAUCAGAGGGAUUGUAGAAAAUAAGCCACCUUUUUUUACUCGUAUACGAUCUAAUAUUUUUGUUGAACGGAAGCCGCAAAUAGGACAUCAUGAAGCAGCUAUAUGUCAAUGUACACCACCUUCUCAUCCUAAUCAAAUGGGCUGUGGUGAGGAUUGUAUUAAUCGAAUGCUAUUUUAUGAAUGUGAGCCCAAGUAUUGCCCUUGUGGAGAGCAGUGCUCAAAUCGGCGAUUUCAGCGUAAAGAAAAAAUAAAAGGAUUACAAGUUUUUCGGACUGAAAGUCGUGGCUGGGGUCUUCGUACGUUAAUUGAUAUUAAAAAGGGUGAAUUAAUAAUUGAAUAUCGAGGUGAAGUUAUUUCACAAGAAUUAUGUGAAGAGAGGAUGUCUACUGUCUAUGCAAAUGCAAACAAUUUCUAUUUUUUGGAUUACAGUAACGGAGAAGUAAUUGAUGCUUGUACAAAAGGAACAGAGGCGAGGUUUAUUAACCAUAGCUGUGAUCCAAACUGUCAUAUUGAAAAAUGGUCUCUAAGAGGAGAAUCUCAUUUUGGAAUAUUUGCAUCUAAGGAUAUUAAAGCAAAUUCUGAAUUAUUUUAUGACUAUAAUUUUUCAACAUUUAAUGGCUCUGUUGAAAGUCAACAGCCUUGCUACUGUGGGAGUGAACACUGUAGAGGUACUAUUGGGAAAAAAUUAUCUACUCGUAUGAGGUAA